AUGCCAAUCGAAGUUCAGACCAUUGUCGAGGCCGACUGUCGGCGCUGUGCCGAGAUUGAGCACCUGGCGUUCGCAGAAAGCCCGUUCAACAAUCUGCUUUUCCCCGGUCCCCUCCCGGGCGAUUUUUUGGGGUUUCGAGCGGACGACCUGGCCAAACAGCUUCGAGAGGACCCAACCGUGCGCAUGUUCAAGGCAGUGGACACUGCGCUCUCGGGCGACGAGGCCAUCGUCGCCUGGAGCAAGUUCAACAUAUACGCCGAAGGCAUGCCAGUGCCAAAGCCCCGCGUCUGGGGGCCGGGGUGCAACGAGGAGGCGUGCAACGAGCUGUUUGGCGGCAUGGACAAGAUGCGCGAGCGUUUGAUGACAGGCAAGCCGGCCGUUUACCUCCACAUUCUUGUGACGGACCCUAAGCACCAGCGGCGCGGAGCUGGAUUGCAACUGAUGACGCCGACAAUGCAAGAGGCUGUCCGGCUGGGCGUGCCGGUGUAUCUGGAGUCCUCCGAGGCUGGGCAUCCUCUGUACACCAAGGCUGGAUUCAAGGAUGUCGAAGAGCAUCGGGUCGACUUUGGCAAGUUUGGCGCACAGCAGCCUCACUUGACGUGGGCCAUGAUGUGGGAGCUGCCCAACCGGCGAUGCCCUUGA